GCUCUCUGGCAGGGUAUCCUCCCUCAUCAUCACUAGCAGGGAAGUGAUGUCAGACACGUUCAGCAACAGAUCACUGAACAGAGACAGAAAGAGGAUCAAGAAGAGAGUCGAGCCCAAGCUCCUCAAAAUCCAUCUCCAUCCGUGGACAGUUAACACUAAUCCGUCUCAAAAAGAACGCGAGCACAAUGUCCACAUUCAGAGCUUUCUAGGAAGCUGCGUAUUAGCUCAGUAUGAGGUAAGGAGUGUUUUAAAACAAGUGGCGAAAGAUUGUGAGAGCUGACUUCACCCGGAGACAACACACAGAAGACCAAACUCAUCGGUUAAAGAGGUUUGAAUGUGUCGGAUAUUUUGCCUGUGGUGUUCUUAAACAGGCCUGGGAGUUAAAGCUGGACAUUUUGGAUAUUUGGGAGCUAGCGAGCGUGCUUGCUUGCCGAACACAGAUUGGUCAUCAUGGAGUUGAGAGUUGGAAACCGAUAUAGACUGGGCAGGAAAAUAGGAAGUGGAUCGUUCGGGGACAUCUACCUGGGCACUGAUAUUUCAGUGGGAGAGGAGGUAGCUAUCAAGUUGGAAUGUGUUAAGACCAAACACCCACAGCUCCACAUAGAGAGCAAAAUCUACAAGAUGAUGCAGGGUGGAGUGGGUAUACCAACAAUAAAGUGGUGCGGCGCAGAGGGUGACUACAAUGUGAUGGUGAUGGAGCUGCUGGGGCCCAGUCUGGAGGAUCUGUUCAACUUCUGCUCUCGGAAGUUCAGCCUCAAGACAGUCCUGCUGCUGGCUGACCAGAUGAUCAGCCGCAUUGAAUACAUCCACUCCAAGAACUUCAUCCACAGAGAUGUGAAGCCAGACAAUUUCCUAAUGGGGCUGGGCAAGAAGGGAAACCUGGUCUACAUCAUCGACUUCGGCCUCGCCAAGAAGUACCGUGACGCUCGCACACACCAGCACAUCCCUUACCGUGAAAACAAGAACCUGACCGGAACCGCCCGCUAUGCCUCCAUAAACACACAUUUAGGCAUCGAACAGUCCAGACGGGAUGACUUGGAGUCGUUGGGUUAUGUCCUCAUGUACUUCAACUUGGGCUCUCUGCCCUGGCAAGGCCUCAAAGCCGCCACUAAGAGGCAGAAGUACGAACGCAUCAGUGAGAAAAAAAUGUCCACACCUAUUGAGGUCCUCUGCAAAGGCUACCCAUCGGAGUUUGCCACCUACCUGAACUUCUGCCGCUCUCUGCGGUUUGAUGACAAGCCUGACUACUCGUACCUCCGCCAGCUCUUCAGGAACCUCUUCCACAGACAGGGUUUCUCCUACGACUACGUAUUUGACUGGAAUAUGCUCAAAUUUGGUGCCAACAGGGCUGUGGAGGAUGCAGAGAGGGAGCGACGUGAGCGGGAGGAGAGGCUGAGGCACAGCAGGAACCCAGGGGCCAGGGGCAUGGCCUCUGCCUCAGGAAGAGCCAGGGCAGCUCAGGACGUCACAGCCCCCUCACCACUCAACCCUGCCUUGCAUACAGGUAUGGAGAAGGAGAGGAAGGUGAGCAUGCGCCUUCAUCGUGGGGCACCUGUCAACAUCUCCUCUUCAGACCUGACGGGACGCCAGGACACAUCCCGCAUGUCCUCACAGGCCUUGUCCCGGGUCACACCCAGCGGCCUCCAGUCUGCAGCUCCACGGUGAAACCCUCCCAUCCACCUGUGCACACCAUGGAGGCCUCAACAUGCACCACCUGCAGCACACACACACACACACACACACACACAGAGGACCACCAACAACCAAUGCAUCAGAGUGUGGCUGCGCUCUUGUUUACCAGAAGAGUGUGUGUGUGUGUGUGUGAGUGAGUGAGAGAGAGAGAGAGAUGAGUGGCUGCAAUGUUUGGUAGCAGCUCCCCCCCCCACUGCUGAUGAAGCCAUGGAUUCACUUUUCUCUGGCAUCUGUCUUUUUGUUGUUGUUUUGUGUUUUUUAACUCAGUUAUAUGAUUAGAGUUCUUCGGCAUUCUUACUUCUCUUCCACCAGCUCCACUGAUGAGACUUCAGGGCUUUAACAGUGGACUGGCGAAUGACAAGUCCGUUAGCUGUAGAAAAUAGUGUGUGGGACAUUUUCAAUCACGAAAGCAGGAGGACACAUGAUCCAUCAUGGCAGUGUUAAAGGACAGUGCCUAACCUAUAUUUUGUAUCCUGAAAGACUUCUUAAAUCCCACAAGUCAACUUCUUUUUUUCAUGUUUUAGGCAUAAAUGUAAUGGUGGGAUAACCCCUUUGUUUUUAAAAUGGCACAAAAGAUCUUUUAAUGUUCUUUUUUUCAAAUGUGGUCACAUAGUGCAAGUGUUUGUUUUUGUCAACCUCAGGUGUGUUGCAAGCAGGAUGUUGUAGUUAAUGUAAAAACACAGCACAUUUUCUCUGUGUCUUCAGGUUGUGACGGCAGUGUGCUGCUUUGGAAAGCUGUGAAUGGAACCAUCUGUCCACACUGAACAGAUGAGAUGCUGUUAUAAGCCGGUGCAUAGUGAUGUGGUUUUGUGUUUGUUUGUGUGGUUCUGUCUUAGGGAUCUAAAAGCUCAAAGGGGUGGAAAGAACAUGUUUAGGGGCAUUUUCUUUUAGGUAUGAACUUCUUUGCCUCCUUAACGCACUGUAGACCACCCAACCCUCUGCCUCCAUUUAGCUUUUUUCCACUUACAGCACUGGCCAUUUUCUAACUAGACUGCAUCAAACACUCAUUGUUUCUCUUAUUGAUGAGCUUUGACCAAAAUUUCAGAGAGUUGGAUACUGCUUGUCUGGAGAUGUCAGUCGAAUAUCAGUCCAGUAAACGCUACAAAAAUAGACCUUGAGUGCUAAAAUGUCUUUUUCAAUGUAAUGAUGCUUAUUUUAGUUCAGUUUACACUCAUUACGUCUACAUAAUUUUAGUGAAAGUGAAAUUAUUGUCUUAGUUCUAGUAAAAACAGACUUAAAAGUACAUGUAAACAUGUUAGUCUGACUGAAAUACAAAAUCAGGCUAACACACCUAGAUAAUUCAGUUGGGUAUGGAGCUACUCCGUCAUGUAUACGCCUCAGCCAGACCUGAAGUGGCCUAAUGUUCCACACGUACUCCAUAGUCCCUGCGCUGGGCUUUGACCUGGGAAUCGAACAGCAUAACUUCUGAUAAGAAAGCUGGGAAAAAGGAAGAAAACAAAACAAGACAAAGUUAAAAAAAAUAAACUGCAGAGCAUGUACAAAAUGUACAGUGCCAAAAAGUUGUCAUCAUUUGUCAUCCUACCUGUUUGCAACACAAAAGGUCAACAGGAAGAAUGUCCAAUAGCAACUAGCUGAAAGGGAGCAUACCUCCACCUGCCAUGGAGGAUCCGAACAUACUUCAUCACUAAUUGGAUUCUCCCCCUCUGCUUGUGUACUGGGACAAGGACAGUAGUCCAAUUAAUUGGCCUAAUAAAGUUAUAAUUAUAAGUGUAGCUCCAUUUCACUGUGCAUGUAAAUGUACUGUCAGCCAGCCCACAGCAAACAGGGAGCUAGUAAAUCCAUCAUGGAGGCAUAAUGGUUGGCUAAUUGGUAAUUGAUAAUUGGUUAGAAUUGGGCACCAUUCCAAUCCAUUACUUGUCACCUUAUCGCAAUCCAAACCACUUAAUAUUGAGCAUUUGCUCUGUCCUCUCUGUAUGUCCCCCCUGUGGUGCCAAAUGGAUUGUUUUUUAUUUUACCUAGAAACCGCUGUCUGGUGUCACAAUGCCAGACAAAUCAACCUGAAUACGGCGGAGUGGGUAGAUUCAGAGGUGUGGACCCAGGCCAGUAAGAAUGGUGGUGAUCCACUCUUGGGGAGAGUUCAUAUCUAAGCCCCAACUGUCUAAAUUUUGAUCAUUUUUCUUUUGAUCAGUUGUUGCAGGUCCGGCAUUUUAUUGGAAGUACGAUAAUAAUGCCAGUGUUUGUGGUGCGACCCUGCAGACAUUUAAUCAGCUGUAGGUCAGAGAUGCAAUGACCUAAAGAAACAAUCACGUUAAAUGUAACCAAGACAUUUCCAAUAAACACCAUCAGCUCCAAUAUUGAUCUUUCUGACCAGCCUAGGACAUCCUCACGAGACAUUCACAAUGUGACACUGUGAGUGCUUUAACUUUGGGCUCAAUGGAAGUGAGGAGGUUUUGGAGAGCUACUCACUGAGUGUUGUCUUAUGAGAGAAAUUCCGAAAUUCCACCGACUGCGUCCCAGCUGUGUCAUGGCUAUGUCCCAGCUGUAUUGAAGCUGAGAGCCUCAUGUGUCUUUUUGUGGUGACUUCUGUCAUCCAUUUGGACAGUCUGACAAAUGAAUCCUCCAGAGUCUGAAGUAGAGAAUACUCGAUGUGGUGCACCAGCUGCAAAGACGUUUAGGUGAUUCAUGUGUACUGGGGUUAAGGGGGAGAGGGGCUGUAGUGGUAAUUAGUCCCAGUUUGUUCUGUUGUGUAGGAUGUGCUACUGUGUGUAUGGUGGUGGCUGAUGGUGGUUGUGUAUAGAGGGACUGGGAACACCUCACUCCAUUAGGUUUUUGUAAUUGUUGUUUCAGGUGUACCUCACCUGUGGGCUUGAAAAACAAACAAAAAAAGUCAUGAAUUAACUUGUCUAUAAGUACUAUAAUAGAUGCAAGUACGCUUUACAAGGGGUAAUAGUAUUUUCAGUCUGUCAUGUCUUCUGCUCAGUCAUGUCUUAUUUUGUCUCCUUCUAUCCUACUUUGCUUUUAACUGUGCAGGGAAUCUGCUUAUUCAUAUUCAAUAAGUCAUCUCCUGGUGUGGAUUCAUGACAAAUGUGUUUCUCCACUCCCACCUUAAAUCUUUUGUUGUAAUGCCACUGUAUUUGUGUAUUUUAAAAGUGUAAAUAAAUUAAUAAGUACUUGUAUAUGUUGCUUUUUACUGAUUGGGCUGGCUGGAAUUAAAAGCUGAGAAAAUAAA